UACUGAAGAAUCUUCAUGAGUUGCAUCUUGGGAGUAAUUACUUAUCUGGGGAUUUUCCCUCGUGUAUCCAAAACAUGUCCUCUUUGCAAACUCUUGAUCUGUCAAGGAAUCAUUUUAGUGGAAAGAUCCCAAAGUUUCUCUCAACCCUUAAAUACUUGGAGUACUUGGACCUCUCUGACAACCAUUUCGAAGGCAAGAUGUCUUUGAUUUCUUUGGCUAACCAUUCAAAACUUCAUGUUUUACGACUUUCUAGAAACAACUUAGAAGUCCAAUUGGGAGAUUCAUCAUGGCGACCCACAUUUCAGUUCCAAACUUUGGGCUUACAAGGUUGCAAAUUGAACAAAACAUUCGGAAGUUUUUCAGACGAAUUCUGGUCUCGUCAAAGCAAUCUUAGUUACCUUGACCUCUCCGAUAAUAACCUGUUUGGGGCUUUCCCUUCUCGGUUGCUUAAGACCAACUACAACCUUAUUACUUUGUCCCUGGCAAACAACUCUUUUACAGGAGGCCUUCACUUACCUCAAUCCACUAAUUUGUCAUUAAAUAUUUUUGAUAUCUCCAACAACAAUUUCAACGAUAAGCUGCCUGAAAAUAUAGGUACGGUGUACCCCAAUAUCGCAUUUCUAAACUUCUCAGGAAACCAUUUUGAAGGGCGUAUACCAACCUCAAUUGUUCAGAUGUGGGGAAUAUACAGCUUAGAUUUGUCAAACAAUAACUUCUCUAGGAAAGUGCCAAGAAAAAUUCUUAGUGAUUGUAAGUUGUUGGGAUUUCUGGGGCUAUCAAACAACAAAUUGGAAGGGGAUAUAAUACCAGAGGAUAUGAACCUUCCAACCUUGCAGUGGUUGAAGCUAAACAACAAUUACUUUGGAGGAAGAAUAAACGAAGCCCUUCGAAAAAGCUCUUCUUUAUUCUACUUGGAUAUAUCCAACAACAAUGUAAGUGGUCGUCUUCCUUUUUGGAUUGGCAACUUCUCUGGUUUGGGUACACUGUCAGUAUCACAAAACAAUCUGAAAGGUCAUAUUCCAAAGGAAAUUUGCAGAAUUGGUAAUUUAUAUUUAAACCUCUCACAAAAUAACUUCAGUGGACCUAUACCUUCAUGCUAUAACUCUUGUCAAUUCUCCCAUUUGCAUCUGCAUAGUAACAGUCUGACAGGAGAAAUACCAGAUUCUCUAUCAAACUGCUCACAGUUACAAAUACUUGAUCUGAGGAACAAUCAACUUUCGGGUAAGAUUCCGUUGUGGAUGGAUAAACUUUCGACCCUUACAGUACUCUUGUUAGCUGGAAAUAAUCUAUACGGAUCAAUCCCCCAACAAUUGUGUCAGGCAAGUAAUAUUCAUAUAUUAGAUCUCUCGCGCAACAACUUACAUGGAGUAAUACCCAUUUGUUUUGGGAAUAUGUCUUUCGGGAGUGAUUCUUCAACUGUUGGAAAUAAUCUCUACGCUGGUAGUUAUCCUGAUGGUUCACAGUUUAAAUACUAUGCUAUACCCGAACAAGUGGAAUUUUCAGAUAAGAACCAGCGUCUGUCCUAUAUGGGUAUCAAUCUAAUUCUUAUGUCGGGAUUGGAUUUGUCCUGCAACAAGCUUACUGGUGAGAUACCACCCCAAUUGGGUGACUUAAAACAGAUCCAGUCCUUGAAUUUGUCCCACAACUUGUUAUCAGGAUCAAUCCCAAGUAGUAUUUCAAACUUGCAAGAAAUCGAAAGCUUAGACCUAUCCUACAACUAUUUGAGCGGUACAAUCCCAUCCCGUCUUGUCGAGCUCAACUUCAUAGAGAUUUUUAAUGUGUCAUACAACAACUUAUCUGGGAGAGUGCCCCAAACAGGACAGUUUGCAAGCUUUGAUGAGCGUAACUAUUUGGGGAAUCCAAGACUUUAUGGGUAUCAUCAAGUGAAUGUGUUGGUGAUCAUGAUGAUCAUACUGAUCACUUACUGCAAACUGAUGAAGAAUGUCAGUUAAAGAAUUAGUUACAA